GGCGCCCAGCGGACGGGAGGCCGGAGAUCCGCGCGGGCGGCGACGAGAACCAACGCGCUGCAGGGCGGCGCGGGCGGGCGCGGCCUUUGUCUCCUCCUCCGGGGCGCCCCCCCGCCGCCGUCCUGCCCGGCCCUGGCCAUGGCCGAUGCGGGCACCGCCGGCGCCGGGGGCACCGCCCUGGAGACCGAGCGCGGGAAGAGGCCGCCGCCCGAGGGCGAGCCCGCAGCCCCAGCUGCCGGGGUGCUGGACAAGCUCUUCGGGAAGCGGCUCCUGCAGGCGGGCCGCUACCUGGUGUCCCACAAGUCCUGGAUGAAGACGGUGCCCACGGAGAACUGCGACGUGCUCAUGACCUUCCCAGAUACCACGGACGACCACACGCUGCUUUGGCUGCUGAACCACAUCCGCGUGGGCGUCCCCGAGCUCAUCGUGCAGGUGCGGCACCACCGCCACACGCGGGCCUACGCCUUCUUCCUCACCGCCACCCACGAGAGCCUGCUCCGGGGCGCUGAUGAGCUGGGCCUGCGCAAAGCCGUGAAGGCCGAGUUCGGGGGCGGCACCAGGGGCUUCUCCUGUGAGGAGGACUUCAUCUACGAGAACGUGGACAGCGAGCUACGAUUCUUCACCUCGCAGGAACGCCAGUGCAUCAUCCGCUACUGGCUGCAGAAUCUGCGCGCCAAGCAGGGCGAGGCUCUGCACAACGUGCGCUUCCUGGAGGACCAGCCAAUCAUCCCCGAGCUGGUGGCCCGCGGGAUCAUCCAGCAGGUGUUCCCGGUGCACGAGCAGCGUAUCCUCAACCGGCUCAUGAAGUGCUGGGUUCAGGCCGUGUGUGACAACCAACCGCUGGACGAGAUCUGUGAUUACUUCGGUGUGAAGAUCGCCAUGUACUUCGCCUGGCUGGGCUUCUACACGUCGGCCAUGGUCUACCCCGCCGUCUUCGGCUCGGUGCUGUACACUUUCACCGAGGAGGACCAGACCAGCCGGGACGUCUCCUGUGUGGUCUUUGCUCUCUUCAACGUGGUGUGGUCCACGCUGUUCCUGGAGGAGUGGAAGCGGAGGGGGGCAGAGCUGGCCUACAAGUGGGGGACCCUGGACUCGCCCGCGGAGGCUGUGGAGGAGCCGAGGCCUCAGUUCAGGGGUGAGCGUCGCAUCAGCCCGGUGACCCGCGCGGAAGAGCUCUACUACCCGCCCUGGAAGCGCCUGCUGUUCCAGCUGCUUGUCAGCCUUCCGCUGUGCCUGGGCUGCCUGGCCUGCAUCUUCCUGCUCAUGCUGGGCUGCCUUCAGCUGCAGGAGCUGAUGCUGAGUGUGAAAGGGCUUCCCCGGCUGGCCCACUUCCUGCCGAAGGUCGUGCUGGCCCUGCUAGUCAGCCUCAGCGCCGAGGGCUACAAGAAGCUGGCCGUGUGGCUCAAUGACAUGGAGAACUACCGGCUAGAGAGCACGUAUGAGAGGCAUCUCAUCAUCAAAGUGGUCCUGUUCCAGUUCAUCAACUCCUACCUGUGUCUCUUCUACAUCGGCUUCUACCUCAGGGACAUGGAGCGUCUGAAAGAGAUGCUCGCCACGCUGCUCAUCACGCGCCAGCUGCUGCAGGAUAUCCGUGAGGUUCUGCAGCCACACUUGUACCGCCGCCUGGGCCCCGGCUGCCGGGGCCUGCACGCAGCCUGGGAGCUGGGCCGCGCCCUCCUGGCUCUGCUGGGCCCGCGGCGCCCGGCCCCCGGCCGGCUGGAGCCCCAGGCCAAGGACGCGUGCCUGGGCAGGGGCUGUGGGGCGCCCGAGGAGGAGGAGGAGGCCUCAGCAGAGCGGCCCCCGGUGGGUGAAGGCCGGGAGGCCCCCGACAGCCCUGCGGGAGGCAAGGAGGAAGAGGAGGAGUUAGAGGAGGAGCCGGAGCUGGAAGAGGACGAGGAGGAGGACGAGGAGGAGGACGAGGAGGAGGAGGACGAGGAGGCCGGCCUCCUGGACUGCGGGCUGAGACUCAAGAGGGUCAGCUUUGCCGAGCGGAGGGCCCGGUGGCCAGACCCCGCGGCCCUCCUGGAGGAGGGGAGCCCCACCCUGGUGGAGAAGGGGCUGGAGCCUGGCGUGAUCACGCUGGCCGAGGACGACGACGAGGCUGAGGGGGCGGCCGGCAGCCCCGAGCGGGAGCCCCCAGAGCCCGUGAAGCUCCGCCAGGCCGUGAGCGAGGGCCGGGACCCAGGGCCUGAGAACGGGCCGGGGCUGGAGCCGGAGCAGGAGCCAGAGCCAGAGCCAGAUUCGGCACGGAGGCAACGGAGGCAGAACCGGGCAUCCUGGAUCGACCCCCCGGAGGAGGAAGACUCCCCACAGCUGACGCAGGCAGAGCUGGAGAGCUGUAUGAAGAAGUACGAGGACACGUUCGAGGCCUCGCAGGAGCUGCUGGUGCAGUUCGGCUACGUGGCGCUGUUCUCCGCCGCCUUCCCGCUGGCCCCGCUGUGCGCGCUGCUGCACAACCUGCUCGGCAUGCGCGGGGCGGCGCUGCGCCUGUGCGGGGGGCUGCAGCGGCCCUUCGGCCAGCGCGCCGGCAGCAUCGGACCCUGGCAGCAGGCCAUGGAGGCGAUGGGGCUGCUGGCCGUCGUGGUCAACUGCUUCCUGCUCGGCCAGUGCGGGCAGCUGCGCCGCCUCCUCCCCGGGCUCAGCCCCGAGGGCGCCGUGGUGGCGCUGGUCCUGCUGGAGCACUUCGCCCUGCUGCUCAAGUACCUGAUCCACGUGGCCGUCCCCGACAUCCCGGGCUGGGUGGCCGAGGAGAUGGCCAAGCUGGACUUCCAGCGGCGCGAGGCCUUCAAGCGGCACGAGCGCCAGGCGCAGCAACACUUUCAGCAGCAGCAGCGGCGGCGGCGGGAGGACGAGGAGCGGCAGCGGCAGGAGCAGCUCGCGCGGCGGGAGCGGGACGGCGGCGGCGGCGGCGGCGGGCGGGAGGCGGCGCGGGGCGCGGCGGCGGGGGGCGCGGGGGGCGCGGGGCCCGAGCGGGCGGCCAAGGCCAAGGGCGGGGAGCGGCCCCGGAGGCCCGGCUCGCUGCUGGCCCCCAACCACGUGCUGCGGCUCAAGCAGAUGCUGCCCCUGCAGGUGCGGCUGCUGGGGGGCCCCCCGCCCGCGCGGCCGGCGCCCCCCGCGCCCCCCGACCCGCGGCCGCCCGGCUUCCUGGGGCUGCGCUUCCUCAAGGCACCCGAGGCGCGGCGGGACCCCGAGCGCAGCCACUCGCCGCCCAAGGCCUUCCACGCCGCCAAGCUCUUCCCCUUCGGGGGCGCCCGCGACGCCGCCCCCCCGACCCCGACCCCGACCCCGCGGCCCGAGCCCCCCGCCGCCCGGGCGCAGCGCCCCGGGGCCCCGGACGACGACGAGCCCGCGGCCGCAGAGGAGGAAGCCUCAGGGCCCCCGGGCGCCCCCCGCCUCCGCGCCCGCCGCAGCCGGAGCCCCGCGCCGCCCCGGCCCCCGACGCCGCCCGCCGGCUGCUGGCAGUGGGACUGCGGGGCCGAGGCCGGGGCGCCCCGCCGGCCCCCCGACACCCCCGGGCCCGCGCCCCUGCCCGCGGCCGCCAGCUUCUACGCGCUCCCGCCGCCCGGCGCGCCCCCCAGCCCCCGCCCCAGCCCCAGCCCCAGCCCCCCGGCCGUGUGCUGGCCCGCCUGGCCCUGAGCGCGCGCCGGAGCCGGGGCCCCACACCACCAGGACACACCCGGCCUUUAUUUAUUCUUAAUUUAUUUUGUCAUAUUUUUGUAAAACGGCAGAAACGCAAUAAAAAGUCUAUUUCGACAGUG